UGGACGAGAGAGAAAGAAAAGAUAAAAGAAUAGAGAGAGAGUGGACCUAAGGUUUGAGACUAAUACUGGUUUUGUCUGUAUUCCUUAGGAGGAACGAAUGUUGGAAGCUUAGGAAGCAAAAAGCAAAACGCAUGGUUGAAAAUGGCGGCACCGCUUCAUCUUAUACCUCAAAAACCCCACUUGGUUCAUCGACCUCAAACGGUAGUAUUUAGAGAGAGAGAGAGAAAGAGAGAGCUUAAAGGUUCAAACUUUGGGCAAGUUCUUUAGGAGUGAGAAAGAAGUGAGCUUUGUUAAGAGUGUAGAAUAGCUCGCGUGGGUUGUAAUCAAGGGUUGUGUUGUUUUUAUUUUUCUCUCUUUUUCUUUUUCCUUUUUGCUCUUUUGGAGUUCUUGGGUCGGAUUGAAUAGUGGGAAAGGUCUCAACUUUAAAUUUUAAUUUUUGAUUUUGAUUUUUUUGGUUUGGUGGGUUUGAUUUAAUGGGGACAAGAAUUGGAUUUGUGGCUUCGGAGAAGGGAGCAGAAAAAGAGUGUGAUGUUGGGUUGGGUUUGAGGAUGCAAACAAACGACACCAAAUCAUUAAGUAGUAGGAAGAUGAUGAUGAUGAUGAUGAGUCAUCAUCACCAUCAUGAUAGUAAUGAAGAUGAUGAUGAUGAUGAUGUUGUUGUUGACGAUGAGCCUCCUCUUUACAACAAUAGAGCUUUUGGUGAAGAGGGUUGUGCCCUUGGUGGCGCAGCUGGUAGAGGUGGUGGUGGUACCACUGCCGAUGGCCGAAACGACGGUGGACCCAGCUUGUUUUGCAACACAAGCAACCAUAUCAACCACAACAACAAUAGCAACCAAGUUGUUUCCAUGGCCAAUAUAUUCAACCUGGUUGGUUCAGAUUCUGGCUCACUUCUCCCCAAGACUCUGCUCAUCCCUAACUCUGAAACCUUCUACAACCCCUCUGGAGGAAUAAUGGUGAAUGCAAAUGUUAGAGUUCCUUUUACAGCUGAUCAAAGGCAAGAGCUUGAAAGACAGACCAUGAUUUACAAGUACAUGAUGGCUUCUGUUCCUGUUCCACAUCAAUUACUCACACCCUUUAUCAAGAGCCCAUCAAAUUUUGCUUAUUUGCACUCUAAUCGUGCUUUGGAGCUUGGGAUGUCAAAUAGCUCGGAUCAAGAGCCAUGGAGAUGUAGAAGAACAGAUGGGAAAAAAUGGAGGUGCUCAAGAAACGUUAUCCCUGAUCAAAAAUACUGUGAACGACACUCUCACAAGAGUCGUCCCCGUUCAAGAAAGCAUGUGGAACUUCAAUCCCACUUCUUCAACAACAAUACCACCACAACCACCACCACCACCGCCACCACCAACAGCAACAACACUAGAAAUCCAUAUUCAAAGCCUGACUUUCUAGACCACCAGAGGAAAAACCACCAGUCUCCAUUUUCCAAUUCUGUGGUCUCUAGUACUGCUACCACUACCUCAUCACAUGACCAACCUAGGAAUAUGGAGUGGUUCAUGAAUUCAAACCAAGAGUGGCAGCAUAUGAUUCACGCCAAACAAAAUGUUGAUAUGCCAAAGCAAACAAACGAGAGAGAAAGAGCCCUUGAGUUGUAUAAUAGCCAAGGUUUGCAGCAAUCUCAGGGGCUAAAUGACCAGUUUAGCUUAUUGCUUGACCACAAGUUGACCCCUUUGGGAGGAGGAGUUAUGGAUUCUGAUCAGACAAAUAAAACGAGGCAUUUCAUUGACGCUUGGUCAACGGCUGAGAGAGACCAUUUGAGUGAGAUUUGUCACAGCAACAGAUAUUCUAACUCUUCAAACGACAAGCUGCCAUUUUCUUCAUCACUUGCUCUAUCAAUUCAUGGUGGGAAUAAUCAAAGUAGUGAAGUGAGCCAAAAUGCCCAAAUGGGUUUUGGUUCUUUUUUGGGUUCAGGGAGAGAAAGCGAAGGAGAUGUUUCUAAGUCGUCCCAGUGGAUGAUGAUGAACAACCCAGUUUCAUGGAGUGGUUCACUACCACCUGGUGGACCUUUAGCUGAAGCCUUGUGCCUUGGGAUGUCUGGCUCUACACGACCACCGCUCUCUAGAGGCUCAUCUUGAGCAGAAAAGAAUGGAACUUUUGACUUCAUUAGGAGGCAAAAGAAUCAAAAUCCCAAUGUUCCUUUUUGAUUCGUCUUCUUGCUUUUUUUUUAUUUUAUUUGUUUUCUGCAUAUAAUCGGAUGUUGCAGCCGUUUGCUCUCUUCAUUUGCUUUUGUUUUUGUCACCAUUUUAUGUGGAUUUUCAGCCUUUUCUGUUUUUGAUCGGGAAAAGAAACUACUGUCGAUUUUCAGUCUAAGUUCGUCUAGCUUAAAUUAUCUAAAGAAUGUUACUGAUGCACACUGACUUUUA